AGAGUUUUGGCGGAAAUUAUCAAAAAUGAAACAAAAUCAAACAGAUUUUCGAUCGUAAUACAAUUUUUAAAUACAAGCACUUUUGUUAUUUCAUUUAAAACUAUUUUUAUAUUAUAUAAUUGAAUUAUCUAAUUUAUAGUAGACAAUACAUUCAAGUACAGGAAUUUACAAACAAAUCAAACAAAAUAUAAAACCAUAUUUUACAAAUUGGCGUAAAUUAAGAAUCGGGUAAUAUAUAAUAGUAUCAAUAAUAGUCACGGAAGAUCAAAUUACAAACAAAUUAUCAUAAAAGAAGAAAUUUUUAUUCGAAAAAAACUAUGGAGAGGGAAGUCAUAAAAGCGUUACAAAAAGGGGAAUAUACGCUGAAUAAAGUGAACAGUUACGGAGAAAAUUUAUUACACAUUAGUGCAGCAAAUGGUUGUAUUGAUAUCACAAAAGAAAUUUUUCGAAAACAUGAUUGCUGUCAUAUUAUUGAUAGAAAAAAUAAAUUUGGUUGGACACCAUUAAUGCUAGCAAUUCGCAAUAGAAACAUUAAAAUGGCUAAAUUUCUUUUACAAAGAAAUGCUAAUGUGAAUGAAUCAACUGAUUUAGGCAUGUCUGUUUUUGGAUUGGCAGCUGCAAUAAAUAAAGAUAUGUUUGAAACUAUAUAUGAAGCAUGUCCAUCAGCACUAUUGAAUUCCCUACAUGAUGAUGUUACACCACUUUGCAUUGCUGCUAUGAAAAAUGAUAAAAAUUUAUUUUUCAGAUUAAUAGAAUUAGGAUUUAAUGUUUCAAAAAGUAAUGACUAUACUUACUGUAUGAUGAAGCAGUCAAUAGUACCAGAAAUAAAAAAUUUGGCAAAAUAUUUUGACACAGAAGAUUAUUGGAACGAUAACUUAGACAACAUUCUUAUAGAAAAUGAACCAGAUAACAAGGACUGUCUAAGUCUUUCCGAAUUAGUAAAUAAAAAUAAUAGUAAUAAGUUUGCUUUAAAUGUUCAUAAGAUGCCGAUAGUUACAUUUGAUACUACAAUGUCCAAUAAUGUCAACUGUAGCAACAAUGUUAUAAAAGAUGCAAAUGUACUUUUAAAACCUUGCGCAUUAAGUUUAGAGACAAAUCAUUCAGAAAGUGUUCAGAGUAGUUUAAUUUCACCCACCUUGACUUGCAAUCUGAACGAACUGUUACCUACUUCUCCAAAUAUAUAUUUUACACAAAAUAAACAUAAUGAGGAAAUUAAUUUGAAUAUAAAAGAUGAAACAAAAGAUAAGCAAUUAUUUGUGAAUGAAGAUGAAGAUGAAGUAAUGCUAACUUGUCUAAAAGGUAGGAAGAAUGUAAGCGAAUUACCUUUGCAGAGAUUACAGUCCAUUUGGCCACAAGAUUUAAAUAUUCAACACAAAGAAGAUCUUGAUACUACUCUUGAAUAUGUGCCUGAAUUUAGUCCAUUGCGCCAACAAAAUAUUCCUCCAAAUAUGAAUGAUGAAAAUGUAUUUGGGGAAAAUACACCAACCCCACCACGUUACAGGACACCUCCAAGAGGAGUAAUUUUAAAUUCAGAAGAAGCAAAAAUGUUUGUUUUACUAAAACAUUACGGAUUAGGUCAAUACGUGUCUAUAUUUCUCGAACAAGAAGUUGACAUUGAUUUGUUUAUGACUUUGACUAAUGAAGAUUUAAUUGAAAUUGGUAUAAAAAAUGAAGCUGACAGAAAAGCAAUAUUAGAAGUGAUAAAUAGAUCAUAAAAAAUCAGUGAUACAAAAAGAAUUUAUUACAUUUUAUUAAUUACAUCUAAUUAUAUAUUAUUAUUUUAUUUGUUAUAUACUAAAGCUGCUUUAAUGUAUAAAGUUAAAAUUAUAAUAUGUUAUGUUAUAGCAUAUUAGUAUUAUUUUUUAUACUAACUUAGUACACUUAAGAACACAUAUGAUACAUUUCAAUUUUUGCUUAUGAAGAUACAUUUACAUACGAAAUGGCUGCAAAACUGCUGUAUUCUUGAUGUGUGACAAUACUUUAUCAAUAAGUACACCUUUUUUUGCUUUAGGAUCAUGUGGAAUUGAACGCUCUUUUAGCCAAUCACUGAAUUUACUAUUCUUUAGUUGAUCUAACUGAUUCAUUUUUACCAUUGUCUACACAAUAUUGUUUUGAUACUAUUUAAGGAGUUAUAGUAUAAUUAUAUGUAAUUUUGACUGAAUCAUACAGAAUUUAGAAACAUAAAUUUCUGUAUACUGGUACAGAUGAGCUGCUAUCUUUAUCAGAUUUAGCUUUUGAUAGUUUCUCCUUUAGUGUUAAAUGUUUUUGUCUUUGAUCUUUUUCCUGAGGUGGCUAUUUUUAAAUAGAGAAGAUUAUAAGCGAAGCAUAAACAAUGAAAGAUAAAAUAUAUCAUACAAAGAGAAUGUGGGAAAAGAUACCCCUUUUGUCUUAGCAUAAGAAUUCAUGUUUUGAAUUUUAAAGUAUGUAGAAAUUGUUUUUUCCUUUGAUACAGUAAAAUUUCGGUUUCUUGAUAUA